GGAGAACGGGGCAGGGUCGGCUUCGACUCUGGAACUUCCCAGCUCUCGGUCAUACCGUCAUCCAGUGAGGAAGACAGCCUGGGACAGCACGAGAGGAACGACAGUGUUGGCACCAGAUGGUGGUGGUGGUAGCUUUCCAGGCUGUGGCAGGACACCUGAGAUUGAUCGGCAGAGGUUUCAGUCCAGGGUCACUGUGGGCUUGGGGCGGCACAGCACAUCUCACGCAGGAGUGUUGGAGCAGGCAAACAGUAGACGGCACCAAAGAGGGAGAUAGUGAAACCGGUUAGGGGAAGAGGACCGAAACGCUGUUUUUGAGGACAUGAACAUGCAUCCAAAGCCACCUGGGGCCUGUGUCGCGUCUGCAGCUCGAGCUGCCCGGAAGGCACUGAGCCUUCUGACUCUUCACGUCCUGCUCUGCGCUGCCUUGCUUUGCAUAGCUGCUGUGCUGCACCGUAUGGUGUUAGGGUGCCUCGCUGUUUCCCCAGAACCCUCCUCCAGGGCGUGCCUUUUGGGGGGGGUGUCACUGAGCCUUAGGGAGGCCUGGCCGGAACGCCACUGCCCCACCGCCUCUCUUCUCUUCCUGUCCCCUGGGGGAGGGGCUGCCCAGGCCGGCUGGGUUCCUGCAGGGAGGUGAAGACUUGGAGUUGAAGGGGCGAUGGGCAAAGGCUGUCUGAGGACAGCUGAGCUUGAUGCUGUGCUCUUGUGCUCCUCUGGAGGAUGAGCUCUGACGUUGGGGUGGCGGCUCCACGGCCGAGCCUGUGCAGCAAGUGUCCAGCCCAGUCCCAGAGCCAGCGAGACCCUUCCUGAGCUGGAAAGUGACCGGGCAGGCUGCCAGGUGCACAUGAUUACACAGAGCGGGAACUGCAGCCCUGGGGGACAUCACUUCCUGUCACCUCCCAGGAAACAGAAGGCCUCAGGGGGAUCCUAGUUUUACUCCUUCCACAUGUGUGCAUGAAGUUAACAGUUGUUUUAUCCUUGUGGAUUACUGUGUAUUUAGUGUUGCAUCCAGCCCCUCGGACUCCUCAGGCUAUCAGCUGCAAAGGCCAGCACAGCAUCUCCUACACUUUGUCAAGAAGCCAGACUGUUGUGGUGGAGUACACACACGACAAAGACACGGAUAUGUUUCAGGUGGGCAGGUCAACGGAAAGCCCCAUCGACUUUGUGGUCACGGACACCAUCUCCGGCGGCCAGAACAGCGAGGAAUCCCAGAUCACGCAGAGCACCAUCUCCAGGUUCGCCUGCAGGAUCGUGUGCGACAGGAGCGAGCCCUACACCGCACGGAUAUUCGCUGCUGGCUUCGACUCUUCCAAAAACAUCUUCCUUGGAGAAAAGGCAGCGAAAUGGAAAAACCCUGACGGCCACAUGGACGGGCUGACCACCAAUGGCGUCCUGGUGAUGCACCCAAGAGGCGGCUUCACCGAGGAGUCGCAGCCCGGGCUGUGGCGUGAGAUCUCAGUCUGUGGGGACGUGUACACUCUGAGGGAGACCAGGUCGGCGCAGCAGAGGGGCAAGCUGGUGGAAAGUGAGACCAAUGUGCUGCAGGACGGCUCCCUCAUCGACCUGUGCGGGGCCACUCUUCUCUGGAGAACAGCCGACGGCCUUUUCCACGCUCCCACACAGAAGCACAUCGAAGCUCUGCGGCAGGAAAUCAACGCCGCCCGCCCUCAGUGUCCUGUGGGCCUCAGCACGCUGGCUUUCCCCAGCAUCAGCAGGAAGGAGGUAGUGGAGGAGAAGCAGCCCUGGGCGUAUCUCAGCUGCGGCCACGUGCACGGGUACCACAACUGGGGCCACCGGAGCGACACGGAGGCCAAUGAGAGGGAGUGUCCCAUGUGCAGGACAGUGGGCCCCUAUGUGCCUCUCUGGCUGGGCUGCGAGGCAGGAUUUUACGUGGACGCAGGACCCCCGACUCAUGCGUUCACCCCCUGUGGACACGUGUGCUCAGAGAAGUCUGCCAAAUACUGGUCUCAGAUUCCGCUGCCCCACGGGACCCAUGCGUUCCACGCUGCCUGUCCUUUCUGUGCCACGCAGCUGGCUGGGGAGCAGAACUGUGUCAGGUUGAUUUUCCAAGCUCCGGUUGACUGACGCCCUUCACGGCCGUCCCCGGGCACUGUCGACGGUUAAUGUGAAGACUUCACCACUGACUCUAGACCCAACUUUUUGUAGUGCCCUUCACGGAAGGGAGGGCAUCCUGGGAAGCGGGGAGACCCAGUGCUGCGCCGCACGUCCUGGCAGUGUGUUGUGUGUUCCAGGUGGUGCCAUCGCCACUGGCAUCACGGGUUCAACCAGUCUCUGUGUGAUCAGUGGCGGUCAGCUGCCCUGCUGUUGUUCUUAACCCAGGGUUUUUAAUCAUGUUUUUUUUUCCCCUUUGUAAACUCAGACGAGAUUUUACAUCCUAUUUUGCAAAUGUAUGAGGAAAUGUGUCCUCACGUUGGCUGGUAGCAUGUAUCCGCGGUGCCACGUUCCAGGUGUCACCUGAAGACAUGCACUGUCUAUGCCCACAGGUGGGCCUGGAUCCGUCCAGCCCAGGGGCAGACAGGCAGGAGACAUUGGAUGCAGGGCUUUGUUCUGAAAUGUGGGCCUCUUCUCUGGUUUAUUUCAAUGUUGUAGGGGAGCAGAUAUUCAUGUAUGAUUGUGGGCUUUUUCUUAGUGUAGUGGAAUUUACUUACACACUCAUACAUCAGAUACUUGGCAUUCCAAACAAGAGAAUUUUCCAUGAUCUGGUUUUUAUGUUUCUGCUCAGUAGGCUUUGUCCCUCAGCCUCAUCUUGUGUGGCCAGAACUGCUCGACUGAGUGAACCCAGCAAUGCUCGCUAGGCAGCAGACUGGUGAGGCUGUGCUGCAGCCUCAGGACCGUGACGCCAGCUCCGUCUGCACACUGAGUUAUUUAAGGUUUCACAGCGAUUCAUGGUGCACUUUUACUUUUUAAAACCACUUUUGGGGUUCCCUCAGAUUUCCUUCUUUGUCGUCUUCUGUAAGUCAGGAUUGUGUGAGCCCAAAGGCAGCAAACGAGAGUGAGUGAUGCUGUUAUCUUGGUUCACUCGCUUCCUACCAUGUGUCACCUUCCCUCACAGCUUCAGAAGGCCUCGGUUCUCAAAAUGUUUGCAAAUCCUACAAAAUUUAAAUGUGACUGUUAGAGGUCCCCAGCACCGCCUGAUACAUCUGCAGGGACAACUGAGGCAUAAUUAAAUCGGAAUUUGAUAAUGAGCUCCCCAUCCCCCAUGAGCCGUCGGUGUCUUUUCAUUUUGGUGAAUAAUUCCUGGGCGCUUGCUUUAUGUGCUCAGCACCAGGAGAAGCCGAGAAGCUGGCUGAGCCAAAAUAGGUCCCUGCACCCGGAGCAAAUGUUCAUUUGAACUAACAUCCUCCACAGUGGAUUAGCAGAUAUGAACUACAUUUUCUAACUUUUGUAAAUAUGUGUAAUUUAUAUGACUCUUAAUAUACUAUAUUCAUACUUGAAUUGAUUUUCCCAUAUUUUGCCUACUGGCAAGUAUUUGCCCAUUUUUAAUCAUUCUAACCUGUUUGAAUACUCUUUUUUCUUAAAGCGAUAUCUAUCUAUCUUAAUUGCUGCUGCCUAAUUUAACUUAAUAUUUUAAAAGUUCAGCCUAUCAGUUUUAAAAUAGCUUUAUUUUUCAGUGGAGAUCAUUGUUUAUGAUGGGGUAUUUUGUUGGGGGUAAUUUUUAAACGAUGUAAAAAUCCAACACCAGUCCGCUUCCUGACAGCUUCCCCUAUUCUGCGUAGCUUUACCUGCAGACGCAAGAGAAAAGAGAAAUGGGUUUGCCUACAAUGCUGUAUUGAAUGUUGCCUGGCUUAGUCAGAGUCUCCAGUAACUAGCUGUCCGUGAGAGAGUGACUCUUGCAGUUGUAAUCUUUGGGCUCUGAGGAAGAUGAAGGAAGUCCUCGUUACCUUGUCUUGCUGUAUGACUGGAGAUCACCUAAGGAUUCUUGAUUCCCACGGUCGUCUUGUAAGGUACAUGGCCUUGCACCCAGAAGGACUGCAUUUCAUCUCCCAAAACAAGAGAUGAAGUUAUGCUCUGAUGCCAUGUUCCAUGUUCAUAGAUACGUCCGUCUAGUAAUUAUAUGGGCACCCUAGCCCUGAAAUGAGGUUACUUUCAAACUUGAAAAGUUCUUACCUGUAGUAAACUCAUAGCUUAAGUGCAAGCUGAGAUUUGAGCAGUAAACUCUUGGUAGGGGUAAGAGUGCCGCCCCGUGUCAGCUUCGUGUCUUCUCCUCGGUCUGCCCAGGGGCCCACAGAGAGGUCAAGCAGCUGCAGAAAGGAAGCCCGGCUCCCUCCCUCGGCUGCUCCGAGAACGUAGAUACCCUCAUAAUUUGGACUGAUGAGAUUUCUCUUCAGACUUGAAAGUUGGUUUGCGAGAAGGAGCGAGCUCUAGCGCACCGAAGUAGAAUGAUGCGGUAAA